UGGUGGUGGAAGGGCACCCUCUGCGCAUGCGCCCGGCUGUGCUGCCCUCGCGUUAGUUCGCUACGGAGCGGUGUGGAGAGUGAGCCACAGGCCUGGACCUCAGAGAACCGAGCCCACGCAGAAGGGCCAAAAUACUGGCUGCCUGGUUCAGGACCGGACAUCUAGCCAGCCUACAGACUUGGAGCUUCAGAGUCAUGACUACAAAGGAGUCAGGAGGUGCCAAAGCAGAGUCGGCUCUCUCAUCAGCCAAUCUGAGCAAGCGUGUGUCUGAAAAACCAAACUAUGCUCUGAAAUUUACUCUGGUGGGACAUACGGAAGCAGUAUCCUCAGUUAAGUUUAGUCCUAAUGGAGAAUGGCUGGCAAGUUCUUCUGCUGAUAAAGUAAUUAUAAUUUGGGGAGCCUAUGAUGGAAAAAAUGAGAAAACACUUAAAGGACACAAUCUGGAAAUAUCAGAUGUUGCCUGGUCAUCAGAUUCCGGUCGUCUUGUUUCUGCCUCAGAUGAUAAAACUCUAAAGAUUUGGGAUGUGAGAUCUGGAAAAUGUUUGAAAACGCUUACGGGGCACAGUGAUUAUGUUUUUUGCUGUAAUUUCAAUCCACCAUCUAACCUCAUCAUUUCAGGAUCUUUUGAUGAGAGCAUGAAAAUAUGGGAGGAGAAAACAGGAAAGUGCCUUAAGACUUUGUCUGCUCAUUCUGACCCAGUUUCUGCUGUUCACUUUAAUUGUAGCGGGUCCUUGAUAGUGUCAGGUAGCUAUGAUGGUGUCUGUCGAAUCUGGGAUGCUGCAUCAGGUCAGUGUUUAAAAACACUUGUUGAUGAUGAUAACCCUCCUGUCUCUUUUGUAAAAUUUUCUCCAAAUGGUAAAUAUAUUCUCAUUGCAACUUUGGACAAUACUCUUAAACUAUGGGAUUAUAGCAGAGGCAGAUGCCUGAAGACAUAUACUGGUCACAAGAACGAGAAAUACUGCAUAUUUGCCAGUUUUUCGGUUACUGGUGGAAAGUGGAUUGUGUCUGGUUCAGAGGAUAACCUGGUUUAUAUUUGGAACCUUCAGACUAAAGAGAUUGUACAGAAAUUACAAGGCCAUACAGAUGUCGUAAUCUCAGCAGCUUGUCAUCCUACAGAAAACAUCAUUGCAUCAGCAGCAUUAGGAAAUGACAAAACAGUUAAAUUGUGGAUGAGUAAUUACUAAACCCUUUAGAAAUCAAGUAGUAGAGUCAGAUUGGUCAAAAAAAAAAAGGUUAGGUAUUUUAAAAGAUGGUUUCCUCUCAAUUUUGGCAUGGUUUUGUAUUUUUUAAAAAACAUUGCCUUGAAUUACAAGAUUUUAAGACCUAUAACCUCAAUUUGCAAAGCAACACAGUUGGAAAAGCAAGUCUAGAUCCCAGGGCUUCUGACUUUAAUCUUAAGGUCUGUUAUUCUCUCGUGUCUGUCCUUGAGCAGAUUCUCAUUCUGUUCCUCUCAGUGACUAUUCUAGAGGAUCACUGUAUUUGACAAAAAUUUAGAAGUAAGGCUCACAAGACAGGAUGACUGAUUAAAUGAGGGGAGCAAGGGAGUCUGGAAUAACUCCAAGGUAUUUGGUUUGGGCGAUCAGGUGAAUUAAGAGAAUAAGCCUAGGAUGGUGGUGGAUUGGAGAUUUAUGUCAGAUGCCACUCAUACACUUUAAGUGAUAGCCUCCAUGAUGGGACGUGAAAUGGUCCAUGGAAUCAAGUUUGUAAAUUGGGAAAAAUAAGCAAUGGUUGUGUUUGUUCUGAGGAUCUAAAAGUUUUAAGUUUUUAUCAAAAUAAAAAUUAAAAAUAAACCAGAACAAAAUUAUAAAGGCAUUUUACUGAAGGACCUCUCACUACCUCGUCAGACUGCCCUCUCCUGAUUCUCAGGGCAAGCUCAAUGUCUGAAUGAGGCUGCUGUGUUUCAUUAGGUCUGACCUAACCCUACCCAUGCUACAGACUCAGUUCAGAAAAUCACCACUUUGUGUAACCAUCACUGGCUGACUGCCUCCAGCCACAGCUGACAGCUGAAUUCGGUUUUCUUGCUUCUUGCUAUAGCUUCUGUUAUAAAAUUCAAAAUAUAUCAUUUACCAAUUUGUGUUGUAAUGGUUUCAUGGGCCAUGUGUGUGGUAAACUAUGAGCUCUGCAGAGUCAAGUAUGUUUUAUUUAUCUUGGUAUUCUCACUUUUUGUAUAUAGUAGAGACUCAAGUAAUGUUUGAUGAAUGACAAUGAAUUAUACCACCAUCACAACUUCAUUCCUUGCCUGCUUUCAAUAAGUUUUUGGAGUCAAUUCCCUAUACUAUUAUUUUUGUUGAUUAAAAGUAUCUAACCAUA